AUGUUGGUGAUUUUUUGUGUAGUUGCCCUCUGUAGUGGUCUUGAGCAAAUUUUGAAUGACCAACUCAACGAAUUUGUAACUGCCAACAAGUUUUCAGUGAUCUUUUAUUCACUGCCGUGGUGUAUUCAUUGCAAGGAAUUACGACCUGUUAUUGAGGAACUUGACGCUCAAAAUCAGAAUAAAAGAAGUGAGAAUAGGACGUAUGCUUUAGCCAAUAUAGAUUGUGGAGCGUCGCAAUGUCAGAUCACACAAUUUCCACAAUUACUAUUCUAUCGAAAUGGAGUCUUUUUUAGUUCUUAUGAUGGCCUCAAAAAGGUAGCAAGUAUUCAAAGGUGGAUACACAGAAAUAUGGAACCAGUUCUUUCUAUUGUGGACGAAGACGAUAUCGAAGACUUCCAAAAUGAGUAUCACACGUUAAUGGUAUUCAAAUUUAAUUCAACGAAACAAAUAGAGAAGUACAGUGCAUUCAUCGAGAAUAUAGUGACUAGAUACUUCUCUGAAAGUCGACGAUUCAUGUACUUUGUUAAAAGAGGACCAUCGGAACUGGCUAUCACAGCUUUCACACAUUCACUUUUCGAUGAGAACAAAUUGGUCAAAGCGUCGUUUCAAACAAACACUAAGUCGGACGAGUUGACGUUCUUUAUUAAAGAACACAUUGCUUACCCAUACCAGAAAUUUACACCAGAGUAUCAAUUCCUCAUGAAAUAUUUCGAGAAGUCCGUCGCUUUGAUCUAUUCAGAAGACUUCAAUGAUGGAAAUUUGAUAUCCCAAAGUUUGGAAAAGAACUGGGGAAAUGUAUUUGGUGGAUUUGUAUCACUAAAAGACACAAUUACCGUUAACACGACUUUUGGACUCAACGCUCAAAGACUUUUCCCUACUAAAAAACACUUACGAAUAAUAACCAAAGCAGAACGUAUCACUUAUGACUACUUCGGGAAAUGGACACCAAAGGAGAUGAACAAAUGGAUUGAAGAUGUCAUACAGAGCAAAGUAGACCCAACAAUUCGAUCAUCUGUUGUUCCAACGCAGUUCAAUCAGAAUGUCACGGAACUCACAGCAGAGACUUUUGAUAACUUCGUGAGUCAAGACACAAACGUUGUUGUUUUGGUCCACAAAGGAAUUCACAAGAACGAACAGACAUACUUCAAAAUUUUUUCUUCAGUAGCCAACAAAUUAGCAAAGAACCCUAAAAUCGCAUUUGGCCAUAUCAAUGUGUUACUGAACGACGUGUUAGUCAAAGAGCCUUUAUUCCAACUCCCCACUAUUCUAGUCUACCCGCACAUCCCUACUAAGUAUAUAGAAAUGCCAUAUGCAGAGUAUCCAGACGCAAGACAGAUCUACAACUUCAUUCGCAAAAAUGCAGAAAUAGGGUUUGAUGAGACAGACAACUUACUCUUCUUAGAUGGGACGGAUUAUGUCUCUGAUGACAUCGCGUGGACUCUAGAACAUUACGAACAGCUUUUCAUUAAGAAAAGAUCACAAGAGAAUGCGAGUCACAAUGACAUCAACACAAAAACGGAGUUAUAA